AUGUUUGUCCUCCGAAACGUCGGCAAGCUCAUCUUCGGUUCCAGUAACCAGGAAACUCUGCUCGAGCUUCCCCAAGGUCAACUCUACCUUGUCAGACCCCUGUCGCCUAAAGGCUAUUCCGAGCUCAUCUUCAAGGACGCAACCGCCCAAAUCCGACGAACCGGCCAGGACUUCCAAUACCAGCUGGUGGUGCAGAGGGUCUACGAAGAAGGCGAGGCUGAACUGCUCGGUGAGGAGGAAGGAGAAGACGCCGACAUCGACGCGCUGGCCGCCGAACGUGACGAGAAGACCUUCCUUCUUGACGAGGCCUUACACUUCCGUGUUGAAAUCCGCGAGGGCUCCGAAAAGGUUCUCGCCUGGCGCGAUCUCAGCGGUGAUAAGGGUGACGUCUUCGAGUUUGUUUGCGACAGCUCCGUGUCCUCCUCCCAGGUCGAAACGUUUGACCGCGUCGCCAAGGAGUGCCAGUACGAGCGCAAGUAUCGGAAGCCUCAUACAACGGCUUCCGACGAGGACCUCUCUCAGUUCGACUUCCACGACGAGCCUGCCAUUCCUCCCGCCAGCCCCAUUCACAGCCCUACUCUGACCCGCUCCAUCGAGUCCGCCGACGCCAUGUUCAGGACCCCCAGGAACACGGCCAACACGGCCAACACGGCCGCCAAGCGGGAGCGUACCCCCCCGUCUCCCACUGAACAGAAAUCCGAGAAAACCCACCAGCCGCCGGCUUCAAGUGCCGCGCCAGAUGCCUUGAACACCUACGUCUCGGUGCCGGCUGAACUACACUUUUACGAUUUCCCCUCGGGUGCUUUCGUACAGCAAGAUGCGUCGGUCACCGCCACCGUUACCGAGGUUGGGAAAUGGCAGUAUUGGCUGCAAGUCGAAGGCAAGGAUCGCGAUUGGCUGGGAAUCCCCAUUGUCGCAGAUAUCAACCCAGUCUUCAACUUCGAGUUCCUCUCUUUCAUCUUCAACCAAUUCACCCCCGAGGGAUCAGCAUACUCCUGGCUUCUGCGGUUUAAGGACCAGACAACCAUGGAACAGUUCCAGGAGGGUCUUCUCCGCUGCCUCUGGGAGCAGCUCAACGAGACCAAGUGGGAAAAGGUGAAGGUAAGGGAGCAAGAGUACAUCACCGAUGCGUUCAACGAUUUGCCCAUGGACGACACCGUCGACGAAGAAGAAGAACAAGAGGAAGAAGAAGAGGAGGAGGAGGAGGAGUACGAAGAUGCGGAUGACGGCCAAAAGAGCGAGCACUACGAUACGGAUGAGGGAGAAGACGACGUGGUCACCAAGGACAAGGACGGCCAUACCAAUUCUCAGCUCGCCGUUGGCUAUAAGCACGAUCGGUCCUUUGUCGUUCGUGGUUCCAAGAUUGGUGUCUUCAAGCACACCCCAAACAACAACCUCGAAUUCUCGACCAACAUCUCCAAAGUCGAGACACCGAAGGGUGUGCUGUUCAGCCCCAAGAAGGUCAUGCUGCACAACGAGGACCGCAGCAUGAUUCUCCAACACAAGACGGACCCCAACAAGCUCUAUCGCAUGGACCUCGAGUACGGCAAGGUAGUGGACGAGUGGCAGGUCCACGAGGACAUCCCCGUCGUGACCUUCGCGCCCGAGAACAAGUUUGCUCAGAGGACGCAUGAGCCGACAUUCCUCGGCGUUUCCCAGAACGCCCUCUACCGCAUCGACCCCCGCUUAUCGGGUGAUAAGCUGGUCGACUCGCAACUCAAGCAGUACGCGUCCAAGAACGACUUCUCGGCCAUGGCCACUACCGAGAAGGGCUACAUCGCCGUGGCGUCCAACAAGGGAGACGUCCGUCUGUUCGACCGCCUGGGUAUCAAUGCGAAGACGCACAUCCCUGCCCUCGGAGAACCCAUUAUUGGCCUCGACGUUUCGGCCGACGGUCGGUGGGUGCUGGCCACCUGCAACACAUACAUCCUCCUCAUCGACGCGCUGCAAAAGUCGGGCAAGAACGAAGGCAAGCUAGGGUUCGAGAAGCCCUUCGCCGCCGCAGACAAGCCCCAGCCCCGUCGACUGGCCCUGACCCCCGAACACGUCGCCCAGUUCGCCCACGAGACGGGCAAGCCGGUGCGCUUCACGCCGGCGCGCUUCAACACGGGCGAGGGCACCGAGGAGACGAGCAUCAUCACCGCCACCGGCCCUUACAUCAUCGAGUGGAACCUUAAGAAGGUGGUCCGCGGUGCCAAAGCCGCGUACCUGAUCAAGAGGUACGCCGAGGACGUCAAGGCCGACGACUUCAAGUACGGCACCGACAAGAACGUCAUCGUCGCCCUGCCGAACGAGGUCAACAUGGUGGGCAAGCACAACCUGAAGCGUCCCACGCGCGAGAGCAUCGCGGGUGACUUUGCUCGUCUCAGCCUGAGUGGUGGUCGGAAGAGCUCGGGGCGGAUCGGGACCCCGGUCAGCGGGAGGUAUAAACUUGGAAGGGAUGAGGUGGUGAACUCCCCCUAUUGA